AGGGCUUCACCGAGCCUUUUGAGGAGGGCUCCGCAGAACCAGUGCGCCCACGGCGGCCCAAGAGAGUACUCAGGGGCGGACGAAAACCAUGGUACGAUCGACCCUCUUCAGUAGGGCUCAGAAGAACCACCCUGCAUACAAGUCGAUGCUGCGUUGGCACUGUGGCGGCGUUUGCCAUAGGCGGCUGGACAGCAUGUCAAGUCGCUCGGACUCAGUAUGCACCCUGCUCCGCAUCGGCGUGCUCGCCUUUGUCGCCCGGGUAUCCCUCCACUCGUCAUGUGCUCCAGUGUUGACGACAUGUGCAAACCAUUGCACUGACCGUCCCCUGGCGAAUAAAAACCUUAGCCUCCUAGCUCAUUCAGAUGACUAGGGACAGCGGCAUGCCAACAUCAUGCUGUGCAGUCAGUAUCUGAGCACACAGACCAUUCCCAGGAACAUCUGGCAAAUGCCACAUGCAAUUGCAGCUCGGUGCGUAACUCGGUGAAGGCCACGUUCAAUUAUCGUCUCUGCAGGGCUGGCGGUGGCCUGUGCGAGUAAGGCCGGCAGAACCCAAUUGAAAAGACCACACAGUAGCGCGCCACCCAGAGACAGCACAAGUCCUAGGUCGUUAAUGAUAGCGCCCACGAAUGAAACGAACAGGCCCAAUGUCGUGAGAGCAGCUUCGCUGUCCCCGGGGGACGCAACACCCGUCGACUGGCGAAGUCGCGCUAGUAGACGGCCUGCUGGCCCCUGCGCCGCGCAGAAGCAUAACGGAAAGUUGGUUGCGACCAUGACAAGGUUCAUCCACCGAGCAAAGAAAAUCAAUGGUCGACGCUAACGCUAAAGACUGAAUCAAGAGAGGAGGAGGAGGAGGAGGAGGAGGAGGAGGGAGGAGGGCAGGCGCGAAGCUCCCACGAUUUGCUGCUCGACGCAGUCCACUGCGAGGCCGCACGCUCGCCCGACACUCGCGAUACCGAUGUUUAGUCGCGGCGCUGGCAGACGCUGAGCGUGGACGAAGCGGCCGGACGGGCUACGGAUAAUUGCAGCUGGAGCCAGCACGAGGCGCACGACGGGCGCCCCCCCCCGAGAGUGACAGCCAACCGAACCCUCAGGCCAGCAACUCCGAGCACGCGGAGAAAACCAAUCUAGAGACCACAGCGCCCGAGAGCGACUCCAACGACAGCAGCGAAAACGACGACGACGACGACGACGACGACGACGACGACGACGACGACGACGACAGCAAAAGCAGCUUUGACGACAGCACCACGGAAUCCUGGAUCGAGGCCAGGCACGUUACGCACAGGCUCUUCCAAAACACAGGGACCUGCGGUGGCUUGCCGUGUGCGUCUUCGAUAUUGUGGAGCGUUGUACGACGCGCAGUAGCCAUAGCUUACACGCAGUGCGAGCACUGCCGUUGAAGGUCCAACAGACCAUGUUGCAGGAAUGCGGCUAGGAACCACGUCCUUGAUGCCAUAAAAAUACCCACCUGGUGCGUAAGAUCCGUCCAGCAAUCUGAUGACGACAGCGCCGAUAGACACUGAGGCGCAUGCAGUUCCCAUCGAGGAUGUCCACUUCAUCUGUGUCAUACGCCUGACUCGGCUAAGACAGUAAGCCAACAACGCCACGAGCACGCGAAGCGGGAAACCUGUCAACAUCAUGGGCGCACCGCACACUUGCAAGAGUGGCGCAAGGAGCGAGUGCAUGGUCGGGAUGUACAUCGUGCAAGUCGUGACGGCGUACAUCAAGAGCAGCGCGUCGAUGGCGUCCGUGCCGCUCGGGCCUCGGAGUCCCAUCCAGACCUGUCUGAAAUCGUCGAAGGGUAAGUCUUUCCGCUCGAGCUGCUCACAGGCACGGCCCACCAACACAAAGGUCCACGCCAGGCCGGCGCCCAGGACCACGAUGACCAGCGUCGCGCUGCCCAGGCCCGUGCCUCGAGCGGCGGCCUCCGAGAUUGCCAGCACGGAGAGCCCCAGGCACUGCUUCGUGAGAUUGAUGAUGGCUGCGCCGAUGCCGACGCCGUCGCUCGCCCGAUCAUGCCCUGGACGUCGCAGCGGUGACCCAGGCCCAAGCAAGGGGCGCUGAUAGCUUCGACCCACAGCCGACAUGCCAGGCUCUCUCAGCCAAUCCGGUGCAGCUGGCCAGCAAGACGCAGCAGUGCAGGCAUGCAGCUCGAAGUGAGAUCAAGUGUGGCGCUGCGGCUUUGGACGCAGUGGCCUCGAACCACGCUGCUUGAGCC